AUGUUCCAUGCUACUGAUACCGUUCUCGAGAAGACUAGUAUGGAGUAUCAAUACGCGUGGAGCUCAAAGGGCCAUAUCACAUUCUCGGGUGAUAAAAUUCCAUCGGACGAAAGUGCUAUAGUGAUUAGCAACCAUCAAUCUUUUUCGGAUUUUUACAUGUUGCAUUCAGUUGCAAUACGUAGAAAUAUGUUACCACAUGUCAAAUAUUUCGCAAAAGAUUCCUUGAAAUAUGCACGUAUUUGCUUUUCAUUUAUGGUUCAUAAUGACGAAAGCCAACUUAAGAAGAUAUUCAAAACUAUUAAAGCCUAUGCAGCACCGAUUUGGAUAGUUAAUUUUGUCGAAGGAACAAGAUUGACUUCAAAGAAGUUGUUGGAGGGUCAAAGAUUUGCAAAGGAACGUGGUUUACCAAUUUUACGAAAUCUGUUAGUGCCCCGUACAAAGGGAUUUGUAGCAUGCAUUCGUCAUUUACGAAAUGCUCAUGUACAAUAUGUUUACGGUACUAGACAUUAUUUUUAUAUUAUUCUUAACUCUGAAAACUUGGAGAUAACUUAUAAUCAUUAUUUAUAUUUAGAUUUUACAAUUGCAUACCGUCAUAUUACCCAAGGACUUCAAUUUCCACCAAAUCUCCUACAAGUUCAUUCAUACUCACCUCUCUCACCGCCAUGGACAUUCCAUGUCCAUAUAAGACGAUAUGCAAUUAAAGAUUUGCCCCAAGAAGAUGAAAAGUUGAGUGAAUGGGUUAGACAAAUUUUUGUGGAGAAAGAUGCUUUGUUGGAAGAUAUGAAAACACGGUGGACGCAGAGCGAAAAGUUGGAAGGUGUUAGGGAAGAAAGAUAUUUUUAA